UUCACUCAUUGAAUCUCUUACCUGGCCCAAAGAUGACUUGCCCUUUAUAUAUAAAUAAAACGCAAUGCCGUCAAACUAUACUGCUUAUCCUCGUCAUUCAGUCUCCACUAACAUUCAAAUCUAAUGGCUCUUGAAACCCAAAACCUUCACUUCGUUUUGCUCCCCCACCUGUCCCAAGGCCACCUGAUCCCCAUGACGGAUAUGGCCAAGUUACUAGCACAGCAUGGUGUGUGCGUCACCAUAAUCACCACCCCCAUCAAUGGCGCUCGAGCUAAACCAGUCAUAGAUCAGGCCACCCAAUCAGGGCUCCAUAUCCAGCUUCUCCAAGUCCAAUUUCCAUGCUCUGAAGUUGGGUUGCCUGAAGGAUGUGAAAGCAUGGACGCCCUCCCCUCAAAAGAAAUGUUCAAAAAUCUGUUGACAGGCAUCAGCAUGCUACAACAACCAGUGGAGCAGCUUCUGGUCGAGCUAAAUCCUCCUCCAAGCUGCAUCAUUUCCGACAAAUAUCUUGCCUGGACUGACCGCACAGCCCGUAAGUUUCGGAUUCCCAGAGUUGUUUUUGAUGGUACUAGUUGUUUUGCGCUCCUGUGUACACACAACAUAAUCACAUCCAAGGUUUGUGAGCACGUGUCCGAGUCGGAGCCCUUUGAAGUUCCUGGUUUGCCUGAUAGAAUUGAGCUAACUAAAUCCCAACUACCUAAUUCUGUCAAUAUUGUCCCCGCCAACACAGCUGGUAUUCGCAAAGAAAUUAGAGAGGCUGAACUAGCAGCAUAUGGGGUUAUAGUCAACUCUUUCGAGGAAUUAGAAACAUCAUAUGUUAGAGAAUACCGAAAGGUCAGAGGCGAGAAAGUUUGGUGUAUUGGCCCUGUGUCACUAACCAACCAAAACAACCUAGAGAAGGCUGCCAGAGGUGACAAGUCUUCCAUUGAUGAAAACCAAUGUCUGAUUUGGCUUGAUUCGUGGAGACAAGGUUCCGUAGUCUACGCUUGUUUGGGAAGCCUCAGUCGCUCGACAUCUGCACAGCUGAUAGAGCUUGGGUUAGGCUUAGAAGCAUCAAACCGACCUUUCAUUUGGGUGAUAAGAUCAGGAGACAGAUUAGCUGAGCUUGAGAAAUGGAUGUCAGAAGAAAAAUUUGAGGAAAGGGUCAACGGGAGAGGGGUUGUGAUUAAGGGUUGGGCUCCGCAACUGUUGAUUUUGUCACAUCCUGCAGUUGGAGGGUUCUUGACACAUUGUGGAUGGAACUCAUUACUUGAAGGGAUAUGUGCAGGCUUGCCAAUGAUAACAUGGCCGCUGUUUGCUGAGCAAUUUUACAAUGAGAAGUUUGCUGUGCAAGUGUUGAAGAUCGGUGUGCCUGUGGGGGCCAAAUUUGCUGUGAAUUGGGGACAGGAAGAGAAGCAUGGGGCGGUGGUGAAGAGGGAACAGGUUAAAAUGGCAAUAGAUCAGUUGAUGGAUGAAGGAGAUCAGGAAGGACAUGAUAGAAGAAAGAGAGCUAGAGAGCUUGGGGAUAUGGCCAAGAGUGCAAUUGAAGAAGAAGGCUCUUCCUAUCUAAGCAUGAAAUUGUUAAUCCGAGAUAUCAUUGAAGUAUGCAACAAGUGAUCAUUAUUGGUAAUUUAGUAUUGGAUUAUGCAAAUGCAAAGUAAUAAUUUGCAUACUAUCACAUGAUUGAUUUGAUUAUUUCACUCAAAGCCUAUUCCCACA